AUGCGUCACCUGUUCCCAAUCGACCUGCCACAAUCGACAGAAAUUACCGCGAUAGCGACUAUUGGAAACUCGCCUGAUUACAUUGAAUUGGAGAUGUUGGAAGGCAAGAAGAGGAUCCUAGGUUACGUGCUGAUCGGCGAACAUGAUGUGGCCCAGGCCCAGCACCAAGAACCGGCCCCGACCAUGGACUUCCGGACAAUCUCGCGCUUGCUCCGCGAAUGCGAGACACAACACAAUCAUGACAACUGGGACCUUCCAAGAUACCAAACCCCUAUCAAUAUACAGCUCAUCGACGUCGAAGAUAUGAUGAUCAUUCCAGCCACUACGCAAUAUCGUUAUCUGGCCCUGAGCUACGUAUGGGGCGGGUAUGACUCGUUCGCAACCACAACCAAAAACAGAGACUCCCUAGGUCAGAAAGAAGGCCUUAGUAAACAUACGGACGAAAUCCCACAGACGAUAAAAGACGCGAUGGACGUGGUGCGAAGACUGGGCGAGAGAUAUCUCUGGGUUGACAGACUCUGUAUUGAGCAGGACAACACGACUCAGAAGCAGGCGCACAUCCAGAAAAUGGAUGUGAUUUAUUCUCACGCUCUCGUUACCAUCAUCGCCUACGCUGGAGUGGCUGCGACGUCACCGCUUCCAGGACUGCGGCCGGGGACAAGACUUGGGCUGCCAACGAAGCGUGGCGGCGACGUUGUCAUGUCCGUCUCGCCCCCGAGUAUUUGGGAGUCUGGUGCACCCCACGAGACACGUGGAUGGACCCUGCAGGAACAGCUCAUGUCAAAACGAUGCUUAUACUUCGACUUUCACACAACAUGGUUCCAGUGUGGCCAGGGCAUGUACAGAGAGCUCGAUAGAACAGCUGGUCACAGCUACAAGCUUUUGCAGCCCCCUAUCUCUUUCAACAUGCAUUCUCUCGGAUCCAUUCAAGUUAAUGGUACAAGAGAACGCGGAUUGGAAGACAUCUGGAAACUAUAUGCCAUGAUCGUUCAGCGGUAUCGCACUCGGAAACUUAGAUAUGCUAAGGACACGGUUCAUGCCAUACAGGGCAUCGCACAGCUCAUAUCAGAUUUGUUGGGAACGCCACUCAUAUCGGCCGUGCCCAUGAGCUUUCUGCCCCGUGCACUGCGAUUUCACCUCAGCCCGCAGGGUCUUUCACCUGAGAGAAUCGAAACGGUCCCCUCGUGGUCAUGGGCAGGUUGGAAAGACCCGGCCUAUUUCGAUGACGAAGUCAUAGCAGAGCGCCUUCCUGUUGAAGCAGUCGAGUCACAGGUGAAGGUUAGGCACAAGACCUAUACAUACACCAAGGCUCCGAUUGAAGGAGUCUUACAACCAUAUGUCGAAGUUGUAAACCUGACUGAGGGGGCAGCCGUGCAGACGCCGCUUUACACAGUUCUUGACGUCGAAUGUUUCUCCACGAAGGCUUCGACGUUCAAAGUCGAUAUGAAGUUCAGAGUCGAUGCAAGAGGAACAGUAGUCAAGAAAAACACGGGCAAAUCAGGAAUUUUUGGCAUGCUAUGCCAGGUCUACGAGCGGGGACAAGCCUGCGGAUAUUGUCUCGGGGGAAUGCCAAAUGUUUCUGAAGACGACUACUAUUCAGACGACUUCCAGUGGAUCCUCCUUUCAAGAAGUCAACCUGUCCAUGUUUCAGUUCAAACCAGGGUAUAA